AGAGGGUCUGUAGGUCCUGGUUGUUAACAUUUGUUUAUGUCUUUAGGUGAUGGAGACUGAGAGGAUGAUCUAUCUGGUAACAGAGUACGCUAGCGGCGGAGAGAUAUUUGACCACCUGGUAGCUCAUGGGCGUAUGGCAGAAAAGGAUGCCAGGAAGAAGUUCAAACAAAUUGUGGCAGCAGUCCAUUUCUGUCACUGCCGCAACAUUGUCCACAGAGACCUGAAGGCUGAGAAUCUGCUGCUGGACCACAACCUCAACAUCAAAAUCGCAGAUUUUGGCUUCAGUAACCUGUUUUCUCGAGGACAGCUGUUGAAGACAUGGUGUGGCAGUCCUCCCUAUGCCGCACCAGAACUCUUUGAGGGCAAGGAGUAUGACGGACCUAAAGUAGAUAUAUGGAGCUUAGGUGUGGUGUUAUACGUUUUGGUGUGCGGCGCCCUGCCUUUUGACGGCAGCACUCUUCAAAAUUUGCGGGCACGUGUCCUCAGUGGCAAGUUCCGCAUUCCCUUCUUCAUGUCCACAGACUGUGAGUACUUGAUCAGACACAUGUUAGUGCUGGACCCCAGCAGACGGUUGAGUAUGGAGCAGAUCUGUAAGAACAAGUGGAUGAGACUAGGAGAUCCGGACCCAGACUUCGACAGGUUGAUAGCGGAGUGUGAGCAGGUGAAAACGGAGAGAGAGACGGAGCUCAUCAAUGAGCAGGUGCUGAUAGCCAUGUGUGAGAUGGGCCUGGACCGAGAGCGCACACUUCAGUCCCUACAAACAGAUGCAUACGAUCACUACAGUGCCAUCUACAGUUUGCUGGCGGACCGCCUGAAGAAACACAAGACCCUGCGUGUUGCCCCGCCCACACCACGCUCCAUUACCUAUCCCAUUAACGCUGUACAGACUGAUCCGCAGGGUAAUCCUGUUAGCAUGACCGUUCCCCAUGUCCAGCUCAUCAACCCAGAGAACCAGAUUGUUGAGCCGGAUGGCAACAUGGCUCUGGACAGUGAUGAAGGGGAGGAACCAUCUCCCGAGGCCAUGGCUCGCUACCUUUCGAUGAGGCGGCACACUGUGGGAGUACCAGACCAAAGGACAGAGAUGCAGGAGGACCUCCAGAAAAUGCCACCAGGUUUCCCUCGCGGUGCAGUGCCCCAGCCUCCAUUCCCCCCACUGGCCCCUAUUAUGGGCCAAAUGCACACUCUCAUGCCCACACAGAGCUUGCAGCCCACGCAGCAGCUGGAGUACAAGGAGCAGUCGUUGCUGCAGCCACCCACCCUGCAGCUGCUUAACGGCAUGGGGCCUCUUGGUCGAAGAGCUUCCGACGGUGGGGCCAACAUUCAGCUACACGCUCAGCUCCUCAAGAGGCCCCGGGGGCCCUCACCACUUGUCACCAGCCCGCACCCUAUCCCUGCAGUAGCUCCAGUGGAUGAGGAGGGUUCAGACGGAGAGCCAGACCAAGAGGCAGUACAGAGGUACCUGGCGAACCGCUCCAAGCGGCACACGACGCACGUGCUCACGAGCACAUCGCAUGGCGAGCCCUCGGCAGAGUCGCAGCGGCUCCAGGGCCUCCGCCAGAGGGGGGGCUGGGCCCCCGACACACACACCCGAUCCAGCUAUAAGGACUGUAACACCCUUCAUCUCCCCAUGGAGCGCUUCUCACCUGUCAGACGGUUUUCUGAUGGCGCAGCCACCAUCCAGGCCUUCAAGGCUCAUCUAGAGAACAGCAGCCUCAUUAAACAACUCAAACAGGAGUGUGAGCAACUCCAGAAAAUGUAUGCUGCCCAGCAGGAUGAGCGAUUCCUGGAGCACACCCAGCAACAGCAUAUCCUCUACCAGCAAGAGCAACAAAUCCUCCACCAGCAAAUCCAGAGUCUGUCUUUAGGCCAUGGAGAGAACCAGCCCAGUCACCUAACCCACCAGCUUCAGAGGUUGCGUAUCCAGCCCUCCAGCCCUCCGCCAACACAUCCCAGCAACCACCUCUUCAGACAGCCCAACCAGAGCCCUCCGCCUGGCUCGGCAGGCAUAAUGCAAGGGCAUGGAGGUCCGUCACCGGUGCAGUACCAGCACGGUUCUCCAGCGCUCUAUCAGGGCCAGAGUGGCAGCCCGCCUUCCACAGGCCUGCCUCAACAAGCAGCAUCUGCUCGCCCAUUGGCACAGGGUGUACCUCAACAACAGCAGGUGACCAUUCAGGUUCAGGAAGUGGAGCUGGGAGGUGUAGCGCAGAGACAGGGCGGCUUUUUGUCCACACCAGGGCACAGAGUCCUGGGGAAGCAGCUUAGCGCAGACAACGCCGAGACGCACAGUCGCAGCCUUGGCCGCUUCACAUCGGGCUAUGACCAGGCUCAGUUCAAUCCCCACCUCUUCUCUGGCGACGCUGCCUCCCGGGGCACCUCCGGAGUGGUCGGCUCCUACAGCCACUACCUGCAGGGAACUUCCCUCAAUGUCCCUGGCCUGGAGGAUUACCAGAGCGGGGUGAUAGGGACCAGCAGCUACGGUACCCCCUCUACACUACAGCAGGCCCUGCUCUCCCCGACUCCUUUGGACUACCGCCCUCCCCAACAGCACGUCACUCCCACCCUGCAGGGCCUUCUGUCCCCACGCCACUCCUUAACAGGCCACGCCGACCCCAGGCUGCCGCCCCCAGACCUGGCUGCCUUGCUGAAGAGGCAGAGCCCCCGGCCGUGCCCAGCAACCCCCACACCACCCAGCGGUGCACCCCAAGAGUAUGGAGAGAUGCUGCUUCUCCACCAGAUGAGCCAGGGUGAGAGCUUGGAGCCACCGACACCGCAGGGUGCCUCUGGAGGCCAACACUACCACCACCACCACCACCACCACCACCUCCUCCAGAUUCGACCACCGGAGGUCCAGCCACAGCAGCACCCGGCCCAGACACCUUGCCCCAGCUUACCUCACUCGGAGAGCAUGGAGGAGGAUGAUGCACCCGCUAGCUACCACCACCCACACGAAGGCCUGCUGGCCAAGGCAGGAGAAGGUCAUGAGCUCCUGGGGCCUCCCCGAGGAGGCACCCCGCCCUACAGCUCCCCUACACACAGGCAUGGUGCCUUCAUAAGGAAUGCUCCAGCAACUAGAGAAUCUGAGCAUGUGGAGUGCAGGCCCCAAGGGCAGGCCAUGGAGGUGCCUGAUCAUAAUGGUGUGGGCUAUUCGCGAGGUCCCCAGGGUGACGCCUAUAGGUCCCGUGGACAGCUACAGCGCCACCACACCAUCCAGACCUGUGACGAUGCCUAUGAUCAGGCAGAGCCCAUGUCGGGGAUGAGCCUGUUGGCCGGGAAGGCACUAAGCUCCGCUCGCAUGUCGGACAUUCUCAGCCAGACGUCACUGACCGGAAGCCAGCAGCUGCACCAGCGGGAAGAAUUGGUGUGUGAUGUCGAAGAGGAGCUCCAUGCAGCAGCCUGCUACCCAUCUUCCUGCACCAGUGACAUGCUCCUCAGCUACAAGCCCCCUGACCUGCAGUACAGCAUGGAGCAGGCCGGGGUCUAGCACAGGAAGGGGUGUAUCCUGUGUACAGCGGUCCAUAUCAGCCAUCCUGAGUUGUGUAGACUUGAGUUGAGCAGCAUCACGCCAAACCACCGUUCUCUACCCAAACAGGGAGGGGGGGGGGGGGCUCUACGUCCAUAUGUCUGUCUCCAUCUGUCCUUGGGAGGGCAAUCUGCGCAAGAGAAGGGGAGUGCGGGUGGGUGUAGACAUUAGAGGGCUUGGGGUCACAGGUGGGGCCUUGGGAUUCAAAGGUCAAUGUGCCAGCAUUUUCUGCACAGACAUCCAGCAUUCAUUGCCGCAGGUCGUCUCCUCUUUUCACCUCCCAUCAUGGGUAGAUUGGGGUUCCACUCCUCCCUCUUUCGACUCAACCUCUCUCACCCCCUCCCCCUACAAACCUGCCCCCCACGCCCACCUGAUGCCCUGACUUAAUCCUCCCCUUUCACCCUUCGUCUUCUCUUAACUGUUGGCAUACUUCAUUAUGUGCCUUUUUGGCCAACGCAUUGAUACAGUCAUAGUUGCAAGAACAUAGAGUCCAACAACACAAAUAAACAUACACAAUGCUGCCACAAACCCAAAGUAUUCACAUUAGGUGUGUGUGUGUGUGUGUGUGUGUGUGUGUGUGUGUGUGUGUGUGUGUGUGUGUGUGUGUGUGUGUGUGUGUGUGUGUGUGUGUGUGUGUGUGUGUGUGUGUGUGUGUGUGUGUGUGUGUGUGUGUGUGUGUGUGCAUGACUGAGAUCAAGAGGUGAGCAGAGGAGAAAGGUGUCUUCGAGGUUCAGUCUGCUCCUCCAUCUCUCCCCUCUCUUGCUGUCCUGCAGCAGAUCAUUCCGGAGCGGCCUGGAAUCUCAUCAGCGGCGCCCCCUUCAUGGCCGGGUGGCGGGUGUUUAGGGUCAGGCUCCAACCGUGCAACAAAAUCCGCUCUCUCCAAAGAUGGAGCUCAGUGACAUCGCACAGGACAAACAGCUCUCUCAUUGUGUUUUUUUUUCUUUCUUUCUUGUUCUAGCAUUCAUUUUCUUUUUUUCUUUUCUUUUAAAAUUCAUUUUUACGGCUAAUCUUUUAUUGUUAUAACUGUUUUCUGUAAAAGAGGUUUUAUUAUAAUGCUUAUUAUUAUUAUUAUUAUUAUUAUUAAAGGAAAAACAGUUCUGUGUUGCAAGGAAGACAACAUUGUUCUUUGAUUACUUAAGUAAUUCUGCACUUUCGGUUAAAGCUAUCCUCUCUCCGUCUGUUUCCACCCCUCUUCGCAGUUCCUCGCUCUGUCAUGCUGUUACCCUGCUUUUCUAAUCCUGCCUCUCCUCCUCCAGCCCUAAUGUUCCCCAUCUUGGGUUCCUGCUUCCUCCUAUCCCAUGUCAGUGACAAUGUAUUGCAUUGUGGGUAGUUUUAACAGACAUUCGCUCCUUUCCUUAUACAGUUACGGCAUGUAUAGAACGCUAUUGCAAUUUCUGUAUCAUCUUUUUUGUUUUGUUUUUAGAUGUUGGGGAGGUUUUUAUAUUGGUAUUGUUUAUCAUUUGUAUUUUUGGAUGUCAAAAUGUUUUCCUUUUGUCUUUGUUUUAUGAAUCUUGAGAUUUCUAGCCAAAAGAGGACAGAGAGGAAACAGACAGUGCUUUCUAUCUGUCUCGUAAAAAGAGAUUGUUCUUAUUUGUUUAAAUAUUAUUAUAUCAAGACACUUGAAUAAGAAGAGAGUAAUUAUUUUGUUGCUUUUUUAAAGUAUCAUUUCAAUUGAUGUUGUGACUGUCAUUCUUGUUGUUAGGCCUGUUUUCUGUUAAUGGGUUAGUUGUGGCAGGCUAUACAGGGUCAGGCUUUGUCUUUGUCUGGGUUGGUUCGGGUGCUACAGAGACUUGCUUCUCUAAAAAUAAAAUAAAAAAAAUAAAAAAGAGAGACACAAGAACGAGGGAAUAACUUGUAAUAUAGCUGACAUAUCAUCCUAAACCUUCCCAAAUGUGUGGAGACGGACAAACCCACUUCUCUUUCUCGCAGCCCUACCUAUCUGCUGUGAUCCUCCCAACCACGUUUUACUACAACGGCUUCUGAUUGGAUGACACCUUAGGGACACAUAGGCUACGCUUGAUACUAUGCCGACCAAGGAGGAAACUACAACUACUAUUACUCGACCCCCUCUCCCCCUUUUUUGUUUUCUUUAACUCUUGUAUCAGCUUUGCCCCUCCCAAUCCUGGAAGUGGAGGAGACGAUGGCUGCGUUUCAUGAACAGUCAAUGGAUCUUGUUGUAGUUGGAUACACCUGGACACACCUCCAAACCAUAAAAAGGGAUACAUUUCAGGAGGUGACCACAGGAAGGAAUAGCUUGAAAUGGCCUUUUACAGCAGAGGAAUACAAGGUUGUGGCCAGAGUGGGGGCGGGGUGUGCCCACCUUAAACAUAUCUACCAAGGCGUGUGCCCUAAGCUGAGUUGGGCUCAAGCACAGCCAGAUGGAGGCUACAGCACACUAGGGACCACAGCAGAAGAUCGAACCUCCCUUUUUUUUAUUUAUUGUUUGAUGUCUAUUUAUCCUCUAAUACACAAUACCCCUGAGUCUAUAUUGGGCCUGCAAGAGACUGUGGAGAAAA